CUUACCAUUUAUAAUUUAUAGGACAGGGAAUAUAUAUAAAAUUUUCAUCGAUACAACAUCAACAUGGAUAACCUCCCGACGUUAAAAACAUACGUUGUCAAAGUUGAUGGUCUUGACAAAUCUCUUAAUAAAGACAGCGUUAAACUGCUUUUCGAAAGAUAUGGAGAAAUAUUUAGUGUUGAAGUUCGAAAACCUAUGAACAGUCCUAACGCAGUCGGUUAUGUGAAUUUUAGUAACAAACUAGACGCAGAGAAGGCAGCUGCUCAUAUGAAUGGGACCAAAAUAAGGAAUAGUGUCAUAAAGACUUCUUCUUAUAGUCAGUCUCGCAGUGACCAUAGACUUCUGACAGAUUGUCGCCACAUGCAAAACUGUUCUCCCAAAGAUGACAAGCCUUGUCCUUAUCGCCACUUGGCGAACCCACCUGAAGAUAUCUGUGAAGCUUGGUUGGAGAAAAAAUGCUUCAAUAUUAAUUGUGAGAGUUUACAUCCAGAUGAUUUAACCAGAGCAACGCCUCCCCUAUCUGCCCCACCUGCUCCUCCUACCGUACCACGUCAGGAUAGUGUAUCCUCAAAACUUGAGGAAUUAUUGACAUGUGCCAUUUGCAUUGAGCGAGUAAACGAUCCGAAAACAUUGGUUUGCGAGCACAACUUUUGCAAAGAAUGUUUAGACGAAUUGGUGAAGUUUGAAGACGGCGUGCCAAUACUGGUAUGUCCCUCCUGCAAGAAAAAGCAGAAACUAAACCGAGGGGAAACUGUCAGCUCGUUGAAAGCAAGCCUCAUUAUCCGACAGCUGUUGGAUAAUGUUCCAAGUGAAGAGGAGUCUUGUGUGAAGAAAUGUUCUUCUGAAGCUUGUGAGAAACCAGUGUCCAAGUACUGUGUAUGUUGCCAUGCUUUUUUCUGUCAAACGUGUUCGGACGUUCACAAUCAGGGCUCUUGCUCGUUUUAUCCAGUUGCAUACUCAAGCAAACAAGAAUCCUUAGUUCCGAUAUGUAAAAACCAUAACUGUAUUGAAAGCCGGGGUUGCUUGAAUUGCUGUGAGACUGUUUGUCUAUACUGCUGCGAGUAUGAACAUAAAGGUCACGGUGUUGUCACCAUGAGAGAAUUCACCGAUCGGUUCCGCAAUCCCUUUAUGGAUGAUGCUCAUGGGAAAGAUGUUUUGCAACGCUAUGUGGAACUCAACAAGAAACUUACAGACGAAACAAAAGCUGCAGUGACUGCUGCGAAGAAAGAAAGGAAUAAAUUGAAAACAAGGAUUUCGCAAUGGAGGUCCGAAAUUUUUGCGAAAUUCUGCUUCAUGCUUGGUGAAGCUGAAACGCAGGUACUGACUAAGUUCGACGAUGCAUAUACUCAGUUUCACAAAAGUAAUAACGCGAAUAUUGUGCAGUGGAUUAACGAUCGCGCGAAGUAUCAAAAUAUGAUCAGUGAAGUGGAGUCGUUACUUCACAAAAGCAAUAUCGAAGUUAUUUAUGAAGCCAACAAAACGUUUAAAGAAAUGACGAAAAUUAUUAAAGAGAAAAAGCCGCCGACAGAGUAUGAAACUCCGGAGUUCAGUCUUCAGUUAGAAGCUGUUGUUGAUACUGCUUCUUACAGUAAACUUUUCUCUAGUUUGCUAUUGUGUUUUGAUGACAUGAAGUUUCAAAAUGGCGAGAGCGUAGAAGGUUUUUCUGUCGACAUUGAUGAUUUAAAGCCGUUUGGAGAAAAUUUUUCCACGCUGCAUGAUCAUGACGUCGCUAUGGAUUAUCUUCAGCAAUAUUUGAAAAAAAUGGGCUUCAAUGCUGCUGAAAAAGGGAAAAAAAAUGAAAAAAAGAAAAAAAAUCUCGCCACUAAAACGGAUAAUGCCAAUGAGGGCACAAACGUUCCUGACGAAGAGCCUCCUGACGUCAAGACUAACAAAACGGCGAAAAACCGUUCUCGUCGAGCGAAAAAAACCAAAGUCAAAGAAGAUGAUGUUGCUGGUGAUGCAUCUACAGACAACCUCAUCGAUUUUAGUGAUAAUGAAGAAAGAGAUGAGAGUUGGCAAAGAGAAGAAGCAGAUGAUGGUUCUGAUAAAUGCGAGGAUAGGGAAGAGAUUUCUCAGUGUAACGAUGGUAACGAUGAUGACGGAGGUAAUGACGAGUGUAGUGGUGAUGAUGGAGAUGAUGACGCCAGCUCUGUCACAUCCAAUGAUUCUUCGACCAAUCAACGUGGAAGAAGAAAUCGAAGCAGACGAGGAAGGCGUGGGAAAGGAUCAAACUUAAGAACAGGAAGUGAUCCAAGCAUGAGAGGCAGGGAAGGAGGAAUACCCCAGAGAGGUGUCAAUAAUAGGGGUAGACCUCCAUAUCGUGGUGGACAUAAUCGUGGUGGAGGGCCAAACCGGGGUGGUGGACCAAAUCGGGGUGGUGGACAAACCCGCGGUCAGCCAAGAGGCGGUUUAUUAGGCAGUUACCAAAGGCCAUAUUCAGCAAGCUCCGUACCGAAUUUAUUAAGUGUACCGAUAUUCACGUGUUAUCGUUGUGGACGUAUUGGUCACACUGUUCAUCAAUGCCAAGAAAUGACAACAAAAGAUGGACGUGCUUUGCGUUAAAACAUUCGUUCUUGCAUUUUAGUGUCAAAACAACUUGUAAAGAACAUAAUGUUUGAUAUUCUCUCUACAUUAUCAACUGCUCUUUUUAGGUUUUCUGUCCUCUAUUUAGUAUGGGACAUGGGAUUUUUAUUAUUAUCGCAAUUAAAAUUAAAAUAAUCCAUUCCAUUACAACUUUUUAUGCCUGAUAGAUUUUUGCAAAACCCAUUUCCAGUAAACCAGUCCCCAAAUAUUGUGUAAAGGCUCUAACUUUUAUAGAGAAACAACCGAAUACAAAGACUCUCGAUUUAAUUUUGCGAUUUUUUGCAACAACACAAUGCUUGCGUCUACUGCAAUAGAACUCUACAAUCGCGUUAGACGAGGAGGCAAGAAAACCCUGGGAACAAGACUACACACGCCUUAUCGUGUUUUUUUUCACCGUGACGUCGUCCUCAUAAAUAACCAGAAUUUUAUAAUUAUUUUUAUUUUGUUUAGAUACAAGGGAAAUGGAUAUUAGAACAAUUAUAAUUUAUAUUUAACGAAUAUUAGAUGUGUUUAACCCAGCAGUCAAAACAUAGCAUUCAAAAUUCUAAUAAUGUUUUUAUUGUAUGGUUUCCAAAUUACCAGUCUAAAUUUUUUUUACCAACUUUAUUUAAAGCCUGCGUUUUUUUACCAAUAACGUAAGUACCACGACGUAUCAGGUAGCGUAAUGUCUUGACAAUGGGUUAAACAAUUGUAGCUUUAAAAACAUAUACUAUCACAA